GGAUUGCCGUGGACAUGACCAACUGCAAGGGUCAGACGCCCCUCAUGUACGCGUGCGCGGCGGGCAGCCCCGAGCUCGUGAAGCUGCUGCUGACACAGGGCGCCGACCCGUGGGUCGGGGACCGCUGCGGCUGCCGCACCGCCCUGCACUACGCCUCCAUGGCUGGCAGCGUGUCGUGUAUUGAGGCACUCAUGCAGCACCUGCCCGCGAGGGACAUGACGAGGCAAGGGGUCAGGUACAUCAAUGCGCGAAACAUGUGCGGCCUGACAGCCCUGCACUACGCCGUGUUCUUCGAUCACAUGGACGCAGUGGAGGAGCUGCUGCGGCACGACCCGCAGCUGGACGCCGUGACGACGUGUGACGUGUACGUGACGUGCGACCCGUUGUCCACUCCGCUGCACUUUGCUGCGGUGCGGGGCAACGUGGGGGUCGUGCGGCGGCUCCUUGCAUACCAUGUGCAGAGCACCGCCCCAGGUGGGCUGCCCUCCCGCGACCCCCGCCUGUGUUGCAACUACGGCCAGCAGCUCCCAUGGCAGGUCGCCGCCUCGCACCACCCCUCCAACCGGGAGCUGGUGGCGCUGCUGCACCCCGCGCAGCCGCUGGAGCGGGCGCUGGGGCUGGCGGGCGAGGGCGCGGGGCGGGGCUCCUCGCCGCUGCACGUGGGGCCGCCCGCACUGGCAGCCCUGGCCGCCGCGGCGCUGCAUGCCAAGCUGGCGGAGGACCUGCGGGCAGCGCAGCAGCAGCAGCAGGCGGCCUUGCCGUCCAGCCCCUCCACCAACACCGUAGCAUCCUCCUUAAUAGGCGCAACGCUGGCUGCUGCAACACUAGCGUUAGAAGAUCGCUCCUCUCUCUCCUCCUUAGCGCCCUCACCCGGGGCGUCGCCUAAGCGCCCCGGCAGCCGCCCCAAGCAGGACGAGGAGGACGGCUGGUGCGGCGUGUGCUUCGCUGGUGCCGUUUCGGUGGCGCCGGCGGGGUGCGGCCAUGGAGUAUGCCUAGCGUGCGCGUCCGAACUGUCUCGAGGGCUGCUGGACAAAGGGAGGCCAAAGCCGCUUCUGUGCCCCUUUUGUCGGCAAGAGGUUGCAGGCUUCGUCACUCUCGCUGAGGGUGCGAAGACAGUGGACACAGCGCGACGUUCGUCCCGGCAGCGCUGCUUCUGUUAGCCCAGGCAGUUGCUAGAGAUCCAACUCUCAUCGCCGUGUUCGCAUGGAACAAGCUAUAGACAGAAGGUAUGUCGGUGACCCCUGGAUCAGUUAUUCAGUGGCCAAGAUGCUGCCACCUUAUUAGCAGUGAGCUCCACUCGUUUAGCAGGUGGUGGGUGUAAAGGUUGUGUCGCAGUCGCCGCAGCCGUCACUACCAGAUCAGAGAUGGUGUCUUUGGCAUACAGCCAUGCAUCCCAUCCGUGAAUUUCCAUUGACCAUGUCAAGGCAGAGUGAGCUGCCUAGUCGAAUACUUAGGGCCGCACACCUCCAUAUGGGUACCGUGCAUAAUACACACUACCAUUCCUUAGGGUCUUGUGAAGAGUUCUUUUGUAAGGUGCACACCAUGUGUGCAGUUGUCCCAUGUACGCGUGAGGGUUACUCGUGUGUGUGGGGAUCUGUCUGUGUAACGUGUACUGGUUUUGACUGUUGAUGAGGACAACGAUGCACGCUGGCAUCCGAAGUACUAUUGCUGCCGACGGAAUUAGUAGCAUGACAGGCAUUGCAAUGGGAGUAGCUUUGAAACUCUGACGAUGGCGCCAUGGUACUGAGAAAUAGACAAGUUUCGGAAGAACUAAAACCUUUUAUGCAUUUCUUGAUUUAACCAAAUGUGUACAUUUACCUACAAAGGCGGGAUGCGUGCAGGCAGGGGUUGGUGCUGUUUGGAUGUUGCAGGGCUCGCAGGAGGAGGGUUUGCAGUGCCUUAUAUGUAGGGCCAACUGUGCUGCUUGCAAGUGGGUUGUCCUGCCCUCUUGCGAUUACAUGUUUAGCACACCAGUAGCGUAUGUCGCGUGUGUUAGUCAGGGCAGUGCAGAUGUUGACGCUUUGCUAUUGCUUGACCGGUUUGGCCGUGUGUGGAGUAGGAAUGGACCCAAGGGAACAACGGCCCUCCUGGCUCGUGCGCUUCGGGACUUGGCGCAGGGCUCUGCCUCAUAUGCCCCAUUGCAUGCAUGUUGGUCGGUGUGUCGGACCACUUUACAGUGUUGCUUCGCCUAAAGGACGUCACAUUGUUGUACACCAUUGUUGAUGAAAGUUGGCAAUGGCGUCAAAAGGAGUUGGAACCCUGCAUAGCCAACUAUUGGGCAUAUGGCAUGGGGCUUGGCGAAGAAGCUUUGCAUGUUUGGCGUACGAAGGCAUGGAAAUUGCAGAGGAAGAGUAUGGGAUGCGGUUUUGCGCUUAAACAUAGAACGUAUGGAGAAAUGCAUGCAUGACAGCAUUGUGAAUGCAAAUGGUUUGGCUCGUGCGGUUUCAUGAAGGAACGCAUCCAUUGUGCAUCAUAGUAGUAGGUUGGCUAUCGCGCCAUGUUAGUGCUAUGGGAGGGAGGUGGCCAUCGUCCCCGGCGCCGCUUGCCCUCCUCAUUCAUGUUUGGCGCCGGCUUUGCCCGCCGCUGCCACCGUAUUGAUAACUGUAACAACCGCCAUGCUUGCAGCGGCCCAGUGCAGUGGUCUGAACGUCCACUGUGUAACACGGACGGGCAGGCCCACGGGUCACCUCGUCGGCAUCCUGAAGGGGAGCGGGG